UUGUCCGAGUUGCUCUGCUUCUGCUGGUCCAGCUGGGUUCUGGACCGGUUUCGGUGAUGGUGGAUUUUCUGCCGGCUGCUCUGUUGGAAGCCUGCGUGGUGGUUGGAGCAUCUAGUGACAGACUCCAGGAAGUCUACCGGGUAUUUUAAUCUAAUAAUGGAACUCCAGAGCUUCCCCUGUUGGAGCCGGAGGUCCUUCACGUCCUGGUUCCUCCCUUCGUCAGUCGACCACAAGCUGAGAGUGAACCUCUGCGGCCGCGGGGGAAACGGCGGCAUCCGUUUCUGAGGAAGAAGGGGGAACAACUUCCUUCGUCUGCGCCUACCCCAGGUGGAGGUGCAGCGGAUGGAAAAGGAGGCAGUGAAGACAUCAGUGUACCCAAAGACAUCGACCUCAUGAUUUUACCUCAGCUCUGCUUCCCUGGUGGCCUUCAAGUAACCAGUGAACAGAAGGAUGAAGAAUUCCAUUUUUUGGUUUUUACUGACAUUUUUGGCAACAAGACCCAUGGAGUCGUAAUGCAGUGUUACCGUCCAAUACAGGAAGGAAAGUCUUUCUAUCAGAACGGAGCUGGUUCCUCCAAACUCUUCUCUGCCUACAGUUUCUGUGUCAUAUCCAAGUAUCCCUUCUUUACCGCGCUCAAAGACUGUCUGUCAUGUCUUUUAAUCCGGCUGAAAACUUGUCGGUUAUCUGACAUGGAGGGCAGAGUGAAGGAAUUUGCAGCCAAACUGACUCUUGUGCCCGUUCCGCCUCCUGGACAACUGCAUCUGAUGUUUGAAUUACGACCUCUGACCGUCAUCCUCCCUGCCAAAGCAGACAAAGACCUUCCAGCUGUAGAUUUAGACCUCCAUCUGCCGUUUCUUUGCCUCAGACCUCAGCAGCUACUGCAGGUGAUGUCGUGUCUCCUGCAAGAACAGCGGGUGGUUUUAUUCUCUGCCGACUGGUCCAGACUCACACUGAUGGCAGAGUGCUUGUUGCUUUUUCUGCAGCCUCUGUCCUGGCAGCAUACUUAUGUUCCCGUCCUGGCCAGAGGAAUGCUGGACUUUCUAAUGGCUCCGACUCCCUUUCUGAUGGGCUGCCAUCUCAGCCACUUUGCUGAAGUUGCUGCUGAAACAGAAGAUCUGAUCUUAAUUAAUAUUGAUAAAGGAACCGUCUGCACUUCUUCGUCUGAUACCAUUGACCUGCCUGAUAUUCCUCCAGCUGCUGCUGAAUGCUUCACCCAGAGGUGUCAGUCGCUGCAGAUACAUUUUGACUUGGACCGUUGGCGUCAUGCCAGUUCUACCGACAUCAACGAGCAGCGAACACAGCGGAGAACCUGGCAACAGAACCUCAACCACGACAUCCAGAGAGUCGCACUGGAGCUCGUAGUCAACAUAUUCAGGGAUGUUAGCAGUCAUCUGAACUACGAACAUCGAGUGUUUCACAGCGAAGAGUUCCUGGAAACCAGAGAACCAGCAGAACAACAGUUUUAUAAGAAGGUGUUGGAGACACACAUUUUCCAUUCCUUCCUCAAGGAUCGUCUCAACAAGAAAAUGGAUAACUUCGCUCGAAUGGAACUCAGCACUCGAUCCGAGAUGCAGAAAAUGAAUUCAAUGGCUAAACUUCCUCGCAGACCCACCAUGCAGGAGAUUCAGGCCAGGAGGAAGAGCUCCAUCACAGAGAAGCGGCUCAGUAAGAGGCUGGGGAUGAGCCUGCCGAACCUGGGAGACAACCACACAAUCAGCUUCCACAGAAACUCACUGUUGACCACGAUCAUUGUACCCGACCCUGGGCUGAAAUCGCCUCCUAAGCCCGUGAAGGUGUUUAAACUGCCAGACUUCCCAGUAUCCCUGUCGUUCUACUCCGUCCAAGGUUAUUACAGUGAGCUCAUCCAGCAGCUUGGAAAAGCUAUUUUCUCUGUCCAGAAUGAGAACUCUGCUCUGCUUGCCAGGUUCUACUACUUGCGAGGAUUCAUCAACACGUUGUGUUCGCGACGGCUGGAUGCUCUGAGUGACUUCCAGAACCUCUAUAAGACCGACACGGCCAUCUUUCCCACGGAUUUGGUCACGUUUCUGGUGGAUUCGCUGCACCGAGAUGAAAGGCAGCAAGCAGAGAGACGACCUGAACUUAAGGGACUCAUAUUUAAGGUAAAAACAGAUAACGAGAAGCAGCUGCUGCAGCCCGAUGACCACGUCAAGAAAUUUCAACUCCCUCGUCAGCAGCUGCAUCAGGAUGAGUUUGUGCGUUGUGUUCAAGAGUGCGGGAUUGUUAAAGACGUAGCGACUAUACACCGCUUAUUUGAGGCUCUCACUUACGGUCAGCCACAGAAGGUCAACCCAGAACUGUUCAAAAUCUUCUACACCUUCUGGAAGGAGGCGGAGGCUGAAGCUCAAGACGUCAACCUCCCCUCUGAAGUCAUCGACCGCCUCGAUGACAGCGAAUGCGUCUACAAGCUGUCGUCUUGUGUUAAGACUUCCCGCGGCGUCGGUAAAAUCGCCAUGACGCAGAAACGUCUGUUUUUGCUCACCGAGGGACGAGCCGGCUUCCUGGAAAUCACAAAGUUCAGAGACAUCCAGGAGGUGAAAGUGGCCACUGCUCCCUUUCUGCUCGUUCGUAUUCCUUCCCUUCGUAUCAAGACCUCCGGCAGGCCUGAGGCGUUCGAAGCCAACCUAAAGACGGAGACUGAACUCUGGAACCUGAUGGUCAAAGAGAUGUGGGCUGGACGCAAGAUGGCGGAUCAGCACAAGGACCCUCAGUACAUGACGCAGGCUCUGACUAACGUCCUGCUGAUGGAUGCCGUCACCGGCUGCCUGCAGACUCAGAGGUCCAUCGCUGCUGCUUCAAAGCUGGCUUACUUUGAUAAGAUCAAACAUGAAGUUCCUAUGAUGGUGCCUAAAACUACCUCAGAGACUCUGAAACACAAAGUCAACCCAUCACUGGACCUGGCUGAACCUCAGACUGUGCGUGUGCUGCUCUACACACCAGGUCAGCUGACUUGCAACGACUCGGAGGCUGAGAUGAACCCGAAGCUGUGGGUGGCUCUCAGCGGAGGCAGGGUGGUUGUAUUUGAUGCAGCGAGCUGGACCAUACUGCAGGCCUGCAUCCAGGUCGGAGAGUCGCAAGUGAACUGCAUGAUGGGAUUGGUCCAGGAGCAGGUGUGGAUCGGUUCUCAGGACUCUGUCAUCUACAUCAUCGACACUCACAGCAUGUCCUGCAACAAGCAGCUGACUGAGCACAGACAGGAAGUGACCGGCCUCACAAUGGACACCAGAGAUCUGAACAUUAGUCAGCUGACGUACUCCUGCAGCUGUGAUGGUUCGAUCCUGCAGUGGGACUCGUCCAGUCUGAAAGUGAAGCGACAGUUUCACCUCAACUGUGAGCGACUCUCCUCCAUACAGGUCCAUGAUGGAACUCUGUGGUGCUGUUGUGAUGACAGCAUUGUGGAACUGAAAAAAAGUGGGACAACGCAGAGAAGAAUCACACUUCCCGGUGACCUACGGAGCAUGUCCAGCAGCUUCAGCAGCUUUGUCGUCAUCCCAGAGCGAGGGCAGGUGUGGACCGGAUGUGCAGACUCAGUGCAUUUAUGUCUCUGGCAAACAAACAACCACAGACAUCCACCUAAAAGAAUCCCUCUGCCAGGAAGGUCAGGAAUCACCUGCAUGAUCCGAGUCAAAGACCAGAUCUGGGUGGGCUGCUGUGGUCGCAGCGGCGUUGGAGGCGAGCGUGACGGUCAGCUGAGGAGUCAAGUGUUGGUGGUCGACCCCCAGAGCCACACGGUGGAAAAGGAGCUGCAGGCCCAUUCAGACAGCGUCCAGACGCUGUGCUCUGCUGAGGAUCGGUAUGUCCUGAGCGGCUCUGCACGGCGCGACGGAAAGAUCGCCAUCUGGAAGGUGGAGUAGAGAACAAGAGGCGGAGGAAGCAGUAGAAGGAAAAGAGGUGGGUGGACGUGAAGCAAGAGAGGAGCACUAGAAAAGACAUUUAUGAGAAAAAAUAGCAAACAAAUGUUUGACUUUUGGGGUGUUUGUGACCGUAAGAUCGUCCUGCUGGCAGCUGAAGAUGAAGACACAUGAAAAGUAGAUGGAUGUAAAGGGAAGAAUUAUUUUUUAUCACUUGUAGGAAGAUUUAAAUGAUAACUGAGAUUUUUUUUUUGUCAAGAGCUGAAGAAACAAAAUGCUGAAAGCUGCCCUGAGGAUUACAUUUUGUUGAAAGAGAAGGAUAUUUUUGAAUGUUUUAAAAUAUUUGAUUUUGACGUGAUGACAGCAGUGCAGUAUUAAAAGGCUCUAAUUUAAAUUGCCAAAUAAAUUAAAUGUUUAAGACUUUA